GCACCUUUCCAGGUUAGGGUCUCAGUGCCUUCCAAAAAGCCAUUCAGAGAAACCUUGUGACUGGCCUCCACAAGGUUCACGUGAGUAAGGGAGAGAUAAAUAAGACAGACCUGGACAUUCUGUACACUUUAUUCUUGGUGCACUAACUUCAGGUGUUUGAGGCAUGACAUUCUGUUGACUUUCCUGGCCAUCUGCCGGUUUCGAGAACAAGCACAGCUUCUUUCGUACGGGCGUAUUCCUCCUCAGCGAUUUCUGAUCAAGCUGCGGAAUUAGUACCAAACCAUUCACCAUGAAGAUCUGUGUUCUCCAGGCUCCCUACGCAGACUCCACCCAAGCCCUUGCCAUCAAUGACCCCAGCUUUCCAGACCCCGCCAUGUUCACCUCCCAACACGAAUUCCAUCACCGUUACAUCAACAAAGCCACUGCCAACGCCCAGAUCGAUGCUGCCGUCGCCGAGGGCUUCGACAUGUUCCUCAACUUCAUGUGGGGCCAACUCGAGGAUACCGUCGCGGGUAUAGAGGCUACUGAAUACUUGGAGUCUUUGGGAGUUCCAAUUGUGGGUUAUCAGAGCAAGGUCUUGAGACGAUCGAAGCUCGACUUCUACAACGCGGCCAAGAAAUCUGGAUUGCCAGUGCCGGCAAGGGGUGCUGACAUGAAGUUCCCGGUGUUUGUGAAACCGGCGAAGAUGUGCGCGUCAAUGUUUAUCGACGAAAGGUCCGUGUGCAAGAACCAAAGCGAACUUGAUCAGCAGCUGGCCCGCAUCAAUGAGUAUCUUGCUCCCGGUCGAAAGGAAGCCGCCGCAACCAUCGCCAAUCAUUGCAAUAGGAGCGCUGAUGGAAACGGGAGUGCCCAUGUCAACGGAAGUGAUCACGAUAACGGGAGCGUCAACGGCAAUAGAAUCGCCCAUGUCGAUGGAAGUGAUCACGUUAACGGUAGUGCUUAUGGCAACGGAGUUGCUCAUUUCGACGGGAGUGAUAUCGACAUUGUCGUCCAAGAGUACAUACCUGGGCGCGAUUACUCCGUCAUUCUCAUCGAGAUGGGCAACACGCCCGUGGCGCUAAACCCGACUACCUACCGAUGCCCCGCAAUCAACGCCGGCGCUGAUUUCAUGACUUUCGACAUCAAAUGCCACCCGGAGAUGCGUGAGGAGCUCCUGGUGCGUUGCAAAGACCCAGCGCUCUUCGACAUGUUGCGCAAUCUGGCGGAGAGAGCCUGGCACGUCAACCAAAUGGCAGGAAACAGCUGGGGCAAUGUGGAUAUUAGGGUUCGAGCGUCAGACGGUAAGCCCUUCAUCCUGGAGGUCAACCCGGGGCCGGCGGUGUUCUACCGCUGGGAGCACGAGUGGGAGGACAUCGUGAUCCGCGAGACGUUUCCCGGCGGUCAUCGCGCGCUUGUGAACGUGAUUGUCAACAGCAGACUGCAGCAGCUGGGAAAGCACAAGAUCAAGGUUGCCCCUGUGGCCAAGGAAUUCGACGCCUUCUCGGCGAGCUACGAAAGUUAUUUGGGAACGAUGGCCUCGAACUACGAAUUUCUAAUCGCCGACUACGAUUAUUCCGGCACGGUGUUUGAAUUGGGCAGCGGCACGGGAAAGUUCGGUCGCUUGCUCCACGAGCAUCAAAGGAAACGCAAAGACGGCUCAGAACUGAGCACGAUCGUGGGCAAUGACGUAUCCGAGCAAAUGGUUCAGAAGAAUCCAAUCCCGGAGACAUACAAGGAAGUGAAGAUUGGUCCCCUUCAGGACGUGAUAAUGGACACCACCACAUCGUUCGACCACGUCGUGUGUGUCUCGACCCUCCAGUACCUUGACGAGGUGGAAAUGUGUGCAGUGCUAGUGAGAAUGUUCCAACUGGCGCAAAAGUCGGUGACCAUCUCCGUGGACGAGAUUCCGGACUCGUACAAUGAGUUUCUGGUCAAAGCCGGAUUGCCUUACAUGCGGGUCAGGAACCACUUACAGCUGGUGGAAGGAUUCGGAGUUCCGCGAGGGUGGAGAGUGGGUCGGCGAGUACGUAAGUUCGGAUGGACCUCGCCGAACACUGGCCACAACGUCGAUACGGUACUGUUCCGAUUCGAGGCACUCCCGCCUCUUUAACUCCAUCUUAUGGAGAAUUGCAUGGCUGCUGGGUGGACAUUGAGACGCUUUGUUAGGAUGAUUGGAUUUUCGAGUAGGAGACCUAGCAUAGCGAAUUUAGCUAGCCAAUUAGCUUCUUUUUGUUCGUCUUUUAUAUUAUUAUUAUUUUUUUAUUGUUUUUUCUGACUUAAAUGGAAAUAAUUCAAAUAGGGAGUAACCAUUACAUAGCUGGGUGGGGAUAGGGUUAAUUAGGCCUUGGCUAAUACUAAAAUACAAUUGUUACUUUCACUAAUACUAAUUUCACUGCAAUGGAGCGUUUCCCAGCCUCAA